AUGGAUUUUAAACCAGUCUUGUUGUUGACUGCAUCGUUAUGCUUCGUAUUAAGUCAAAGACCUCCUUACGCUGGGAAACAUCCGAUUGGUUAUCCGGAAGUAGAAAAAACAUCUGAGCAAUAUGGCGGAACAACCGAAUUUCCUUUAGAGAGGUUACCUCUCGAAGCUCGCGGGGACAUAAACCUAGUGAAACGUUUAGUUCAAUUACCUAUAGAUCAACAACCAUUCUGGCUUAUCAACUGGCAAGCAUUGGAAUGGUACAGGCAGCAUCCACGAACAUAUCCCAUACGAGAGAAUUCAUUCCUCAAAGACCCAUAACUAAUUAAAAGAAAAAUUCUUGUCUUCUUCCAAAAAAAAAAAAACUG